UAUUUUUCCCAUUAAAUCUUCUUCCAAUAUUGUUUUGUUUUCUGAAAGAAAAAAAAAAAAAAGGAAAGCGAAACAUGAUGAGAAGACAACAAGUAGACGAUCAACAAUCUAAGCUUCUUUACGAGCUUUCCACUUUAGUUCUCAACAUUCUCCGAUCUCCAACAACAACAACAGCGCCGUUCGAUUUUUCUGAUCAGUCUGCGGUUACACCUAGGCCAGCGAUGCAGCAGAUUACACCAGGGGGUUUUGCUUCACUGCUUCUGGGUGUAUCUUUGUCUUUGAUGCUAUGUGGAUCUGUAACGUUCUUUAUUGGGUUUCUUAUGAUGCCUUGGGUACUUGUGUUGGUCAUGGUUUUGUAUGUUGCUGGUAUUCUUUCUGCUUUCUCUAUGAUUGCCAGAGCUAUUUUCUGUCCUUUAUUGCCCCCGCCGCCUUCUUCUUCAUCGCACCUAAAAGAUGUUCAAUGGGAGAGUUGGAUAGGAAUGAGUGUUUCCAUGGAAGUGGAUGUAACAACUUUAUUUCUUCACUGGAAGGCGAGGCAACUCGGCCUGUAAAAUAUUGUGAAGCAAUUUAUACAUUUGUAUUGGGACACAACAAGUGUGAGGAGCAUGGUCGAACUCUUUACUAGGUGCAGUUUCCUGCAAUGUUUAAAGAAUGGAUGCAGGAUCUAUACGUUACAAGCUGGUUUUUAUUGCAGGAGGACAGCUUAGGCAUUUGAAAGUGAAAAUAUUUUAUUUAUUAGCGACAAUUUACAGUAUAGGAAGAUCAAAACGGAUGUGCCACGUUCUUUUAUCUUAGUGCACUAUGUUGUAUUUCUUGUACCAUUAAAUAUGUAGUAUGUAGAAACAAUAGCUUGUUUCACCUUCCUAAUUGAGAUUGCUGGAAAUGAGGUACAAUCAAAGCUUAAUUAAUAUUUUAGCUCUGAUUAUUUUCCUGA